AUGUCCGGCGCGGCGGCCCGGCUGUGCCGGGAGCGGGCGGCCGCGGGCGGGCUGGGCUCGCGCGCCAACGCCGCGCGCUACCGGCGCCAGGACUACGAGGCCCUGCGGCGGCGGUGCCUGCGCGACGGCGAGCUCUUCAAGGACGACGAGUUCCCCGCGUGCCCCUCGGCGCUGGGCUACGCCGAGCUGGGGCCCUGCUCCGCCAACACGCAGGGCAUCACGUGGAGGAGGCCCCCGGAGCUAUGCGCCAACCCGCAGUUUAUCGUUGGGGGAGCGACUCGCACAGACAUCUGCCAAGGAGCCCUGGGUGACUGCUGGCUGCUCGCUGCCAUUGCGUCUCUCACGCUGAGCCCAGAUGUUCUGUACCGCGUCGUUCCCCAGGCACAGAGCUUCCAGAAGGACUACGCUGGCAUCUUUCAUUUCCAGUUCUGGCAGUACGGGGAGUGGGUGGACGUUGUGGUGGACGACCGGCUGCCCACCAGGAACGGCGAGCUGCUCUUCGUGCACUCGGAGGAGGGCAGCGAGUUCUGGAGCGCCCUGCUGGAGAAGGCCUAUGCCAAGUUGAACGGCUCUUACGAAGCCCUCGCGGGAGGUUCUACCAUGGAAGCGUUUGAGGAUUUCACAGGAGGCAUCGCCGAGUCCUACGAGCUGAGGAAGGCUCCUCCAAACCUGUACCAAAUCAUCCAGAAGGCUCUGCGAGCCGGGUCACUGCUGGGCUGCUCCAUCGAUAUAUCUAGUGCAGCUGAGAUAGAAGCCAUCACGAGCCUGAAGCUGGUGAAGGGACAUGCUUACUCCGUCACUGGAGCAGAAGAGGUAAAUUACCRAGGACGGCCAGAGAAACUAGUCAGGAUUAGAAACCCCUGGGGUAAAGUGGAAUGGACUGGAGCUUGGAGUGAUAAUGCUCCUGAAUGGAAUUACGUUGAUCGCCAGCAAAAGCAGGCUCUGGAUAAGCAAGUAGAUGAUGGGGAGUUUUGGAUGGCGUUUUCAGAUUUCCAACGGCAGUUCACCCGGCUCGAGAUCUGCAACCUGACUCCUGACACCCUGGCCAGAGACACAGCCCACAAGUGGGAGCUGACCCUCUUUAAUGGAGAGUGGAGACGGGGCUCCACUGCUGGGGGCUGCCAAAACUACCCAGCAACAUACUGGACCAAUCCUCAGUUUAAAAUCCGUUUGGACGAGCCAGAUGAUGACCACGACGGGAGCUUGACCGAGCCCUGCUGCACUGUGCUGGUGGGCUUGAUGCAGAAGAACCGCAGGAGACAGAGGAAAAUGGGGGAAGCUCUGCUCAGUAUUGGCUACUCGCUCUAUCAGGUUCCUCCCGAGCUGGCAAAUAACACGGAUAUUCAUCUGAACCGGGAUUUUUUUGCAAGGAACCAGCCAGUAGCCCGGUCUGGCACCUACAUCAACCUACGUGAAGUGUCCGGCCGCAUGAAGCUGCCCCGGGGCGAGUACCUCAUCGUGCCCUCCACCUUUGAGCCUUACAAAAACGGGGAGUUCUGCCUUCGAGUCUUUUCUGAGAAACGAGCUAAAACUCAGGUGAUUGGUGAUGUGGUGGCUGCAAACCCAUACGAGCCUCAUGUCAAUGACAAAGAUAUAGACGACGAGUUCAAGACUCUGUUUCACAAGCUUUCAGGAGAGGACUGCGAGGUGACUGCGAAUGAGCUUCAAACCAUCCUGAACCGGGUCUUGGCAAAGCGAAGGGACGUUAAAAGCGAUGGAUUCAACAUUAACACUUGCAGGGAGAUGAUCAGCCUUUUAGACACGAACGGGACGGGCUCCUUGGGACUCGUGGAAUUCAAGACACUUUGGAUGAAGAUUCAGAAGUAUUUGGCCAUCUACAAGAAGGUGGACAGUGACUACUCGGGGACCAUGGACUCCCACGAGAUGCGCAAGGCCCUCGUCGAGGCAGGUUUCACUGUCAGCGACCGAGUGCAGCAGAGCAUCGCCCUGCGCUACGCCUGCAGCAAGCUCACCAUUGAUUUCGAUGGCUUUGUGGCCUGCAUGAUCCGCCUGGAGACCCUGUUCAAAGUGUUCCAGCUCCUAGACAAAGACAAGAGUGGAGUCAUCCAGCUCUCUUUGCCUGAGUGGCUGUGCUGCACACUGGUUUGAACCACUGUAGAUGAAUUCAGCAGAGACCUCUGCAGCUCCUACAACCAUGGAAUGACUUCUCUGGCUUCUCCCUGACACAGAGCACAGAGAGAAAUCUUUUUUAAUUACUGGCAAGUUAUUUCAUAAAAUGAAAAGAAAAUGAUCUCUUGGCGAUUAGAAGAUGCAUAGAACCUUGAAUGAAAAAAAAUGCAGAAAUAAAAC